AUGACGGGAAGAGCUAGAGCCAGAUCAAGAGGAAGACCUCCAGGGCAGGAGACUGCCAUUCCUUCUGUGGGAGCUGCAUCUGUUCAGCAGGCAUUGCCAAUUCAGCCACCUGGACGUCACCAGCCACGUGUUCAUCCAUCACUAUUAGAAGAACCUGGUGGCCGUGGACGGCAGAGGGCCCCUCAGAGUGUUCCACAAGGCCAGAGUGAGAGAAGGCCAGAAGGAUUACAGAUUUCUGUGGGAUUUCAGGAAUUGUCUUUAGCAGACAGGGGUAGGCGUCGCAGAGAUUUCAAUGACGUCGGGGUGAACACUCGGCAAGCCAUAGAGCAUGUUCAAGAAUCAAAAACUGGUACUUCAGGUGUUAUGAUAAAACUGUCUACAAAUUACUUCCGUUUGACGUCUCGACCGCAGUGGGCUUUAUACCAGUACCAUGUUGGCUAUAGUCCUGAGAUGGAAGCACGCCGCCUUCGAUCAGCUUUGCUCUUUCAGCAUGAAGAGCUAAUUGGAAAGACUCAUGCAUUUGAUGGAUCAAUACUAUUCUUGCCAAAAAAACUAGUGAAUAAGGUUACUGAAGUGUUUAGUAGGACUCGAAAUGGAGAGGAUGUGAAGAUAACAAUCACAUUGACUAAUGAAUUGCCACCUUCUUCACCUACAUGUCUGCAAUUUUACAACAUCAUUUUUAGAAGGCUUUUGAAGAUGUUGAAUUUGCAGCAGAUUGGACGCAAUUACUACAACCCCAAUGACCCAAUCAGCAUCCCUAACCACAGGUUGAUGGUUUGGCCGGGCUUCACAAGUUCUAUCCUCCAGUAUGAGGAAAGCAUUAUGUUAUGCGUAGAUGUAAGCCAUAAGGUUCUUCGCAGUGAAACAGUGCUGGAUUUUAUGUACAGUCUGUAUUACCAGGUUGAAGAGCAAAGAUUUAGAGAUACCUGUGCUAAAGAGCUGAUAGGUUUAAUUGUUCUUACAAAGUACAAUAACAAAACAUACAGAGUUGAUGACAUUGACUGGGAUGCCAAUCCACAGUGUACCUUUAGAAAAUCAGAUGGUUCUGAGAUCAGCUACGUGGACUACUACAAAAGGCAAUAUAAUCAAGAAAUUACUGACUUGAACCAGCCUGUCUUGAUCAGUCAGUGCAGGAGGAAGGGAGGAAACAUGAUGCCGGGACCUGUGGUUCUAAUUCCAGAGCUGUGCUUCCUAACAGGAUUAACUGAGAAGAUGCGUAAUGAUUUUAAUAUGAUGAAAGACUUGGCUAUUCAUACACGACUGCCACCUGAGCAGAGGCAACGUGAAAUUGGAAGACUUGUUGAGUACAUCCGAAAGGAUGACAAUGUUCAGAAAGAACUCCGAGACUGGGGUUUAAGCUUUGAUUCUAAUCUAUUAUCCUUUAAGGGAAGAGUUGUUCAAGGCGAAAAGAUCCUUCAGUCGGGAAAUAUGUUUGAUUACAAUCCUCAGUUUGGUGAUUGGUCAAAGGAAACUAGGGGAACUCCCUUAAUCUGUGCCAAGCCCCUGGACAACUGGUUAUUAAUAUACACACGCCGCAACUAUGAUACUGCUAAUACAUUGCUUCAAAAUCUGUUUAAAGUUACACCAGCUAUGGGAAUCAAAAUGAACAAGGCAACCAUGAUUGAAGUAGAUGAUAGAACAGAAGCUUAUUUAAGGGGUUUACAGCAAAGUAUUACUUCUGACACAAACAUAGUAGUUUGUGUUUUAUCUAGUACCCGAAAGGAUAAAUAUGAUGCUAUCAAGAAGUACUUAUGUACAGAUUGUCCUGUUCCAAGUCAAUGUGUGGUUGCUCGCACUUUAAGCAAGCCUCAGACUGCUAUGGCCAUAGCAACAAAAAUUGCCUUACAAAUGAACUGUAAAAUGGGUGGAGAACUUUGGAGUGUUGAGAUUCCACUGAAACAGGUAAUGGUUGUGGGAAUUGAUUGUUACCAUGACACACUAUCUGGAAAGCAGUCAAUUGCAGGAUUUGUCUCUAGCCUGAAUCAAACAAUGACACGGUGGUUCUCCCGCUGUGUUGUUCAAAGUCGUGGGCAAGAACUCGUGGAUGGGCUCAAAGCCUGCUUGCAGACUGCUCUAAGAGACUGGUUCAAGUGGAAUAAGUAUUUGCCCUCUCGUAUUAUUGUGUAUCGUGAUGGUGUAGGAGAUGGACAACUAUAUACAUUGGUUAAUUACGAAGUGCCUCAAUUUCUGGAUUGCUUGAAGAGUGUUGGUAAAGACUACAAUCCAAGACUUACUGUGAUAGUUGUGAAGAAACGAGUGAAUACCAGGUUCUUUGCAGAGAGUGUGGGAUCACUUAAAAACCCACCCCCUGGUACUGUUGUUGAUGUGGAGGUUACCAGACCAGAAUGGUAUGAUUUCUACAUUGUGAGUCAGGCAGUGAGAAAUGGUUGUGUUGCACCCACUCAUUAUAAUGUAAUUUAUGACACUAGCAAACUGAAACCUGAUCAUAUACAACGUUUAACCUACAAGCUUUGCCACAUGUACUAUAACUGGUCGGGUGUUAUCAGAGUACCUGCUCCCUGCCAGUAUGCUCAUAAACUGGCUUUCCUUGUCGGUCAGAGUAUUCACAGAGAACCAAACCUGUUGCUUUCAGACAGACUCUACUAUCUUUGAAGCUACCAGCUAAAAAAGAUAGCGUAGUUCCUUUCUAGGGCAUGGGAAAUUGUCUGGGAUCUGGUUUUGGUUUGGUUUUGUUCUGAAGCGACUUGUGCAUGGGAUAAUGAGCAUGUGCAGUUGUGGAAGUCUUUCACGGUAGCAGGAAGAAGCUUAAGAUAGCAAUCUGCAUCUUGCAUAUCUGCUUUCUAUAAAAAUUACACUAUUUGGUAUUUUUUAAUACUUACCUAAUAUUUCUGGGAUUCUUCACAAAAGUUUAGCUGUUGUUCUUAUGUUUUAGGGAAGCCUUACGCAGAAUUCUUUCCAGCAUUCAAGCUAGCACAUUGCACUGUCAAGUUUCAAAAUGCGGUUGUUGCUUCCUUGUUUUUCUUGGCUAUCAAAUUGAGGGCAAAAUUAUUUGUGUAUCUUAUCACAGCUCUGGGAACACAUUUAUGAGCUAAGGCUAGGGAAUGCUCUCCACAAAAAGGGAUGGCUUUGAGCUGGAAUGCUGUUGUGGGGGCUGUGUGACUUGCACUGGGCUGUCCCAUUGAGGUGCUGCUGCUUAGUCCUGUAACUUCCUAUUUACAACACAGUGUGAGUCAAUUGUUUUACAACUGCCAGUUUGUAACUGGAAUGAACUAAACUUCUUGGUUGAUACUGUUUAAGGGCAUACUUGUUAAACAUAAUUUCCAUCAAAGAAUUAUCAAUGCACUGAUGAGCAAGAAAGUAAGUAGAUGGUUUUUGGUUGUACAGUUCCCAGUAAGGGGCAGUGCUUAGGCCUGGGUUUGCCUAAUUUGGAUUAGUGCUGGGUUUUUUUUAACUAAUGUGUGUUGAACCCUGUUCCUUUUCGU